AUCAUACUGUAGAGAGAAAUAAAAGCCGGCAAAGAUAUAAGAAUAAACAAUUGUGCCUUUAAUAUAAAUCUGUUAUUAACAUUAUUUAAAAAUAAAACCGAUUAAAAGAUGAGUAAGGCACAUCCACCAGAGCUUAAAAAAUACAUGGAUAAAAGGUUGUCAUUAAAACUGAAUGGAGGAAGACACGUUAUUGGGAUUUUGCGUGGCUUUGAUCCGUUCAUGAAUAUGGUCAUAGAUGAAAGUAUUGAAGAAUGUAAAGAUGGUACUAAAAACAAUAUUGGGAAAACAUUGUAUUUAUAUAUCAUUUAA